AUGUUUCCAUUCAUCUCCAUUUGGUGGAUAAAUAUAAUAACUCCGUGUCUAUUCAUUUGUACGAUUACUUAUUAUUUUUGUACUUUAACUUUUAGCAAAUGGGAAAAAAUCAACGUGCCUUAUAUUCAGCCAAUUCCAUUGUUCGGUAAUUUCCUUUAUGUAGCUUUCGGAAUGCAACAUCCCAUAGAUUUUUACAGGAAAAUUUACUAUGAGCUGGCUGGUCACAAAUACGGCGGUUUAUUUCAGAUGAGAACUCCGUAUUUGAUGAUUCGUGAUCCGGAAAUAAUAAACAAUGUGCUUAUCAAAGACUUCUCAAAUUUCCCCAAUCGUGGUAUUUACUCAGAUUUCUCAGCAAAUCCCUUGUCAAACCAAUUAUUUUUCAUGGAAAAUCCCCAAUGGAAAAUAAUCAGGAAAAUAUUGAGCCCAGCAUUUACUUCAGGCAAACUUAAGCUAAUGUACGAUCAAAUCAAAGAAUGUGGCGAUGAGCUAAUGAAAAAUAUUCAUAAGAACUUAACGAAAACCGACAAUAUAAUGGAAGUGAGGGACAUUUUGGGAAAAUAUUCAACCGACGUCAUCGGCACUUGCAUUUUUGGUCUCAAAUUAAAUGCCGUAAGUGACGAUAAUUCUACAUUUCGGAAGUAUGGGAAGUCUUUGUUCUUGCCGUCACUAAGAACACAUUUAAGGGAAUUGAGUUUGAUGAUCACUCCCGCUCUUUUGAAUAUCCUAAGGUUUAAGGAUUUCCCAGCGGACGCAACUGAGUUUUUCCAUUCAGCAUUUCACGAGACGAUAACAUAUAGGGAAAAAAACAACAUAGUCAGAAAUGAUUUUGUUCAAACCUUGAUACAAGCAAGAAAUGAUUUGGUUUUGAACAAAAACAUUCCCCAAAGAGAAAGGUUUUUAGAAUCACAAAUUGUCGCCAAUGCAUUUGUUAUGUUUGCUGCUGGAUUUGAAACCGUAUCCACUGCUAUUAGUUUUUGUUUAUACGAGUUAUCGUUAAAGAAGCAUAUCCAAGAUAAAGUACGAGAAGAAAUUAAUUGGAAAUUAUCGAAAAACAACGGACUGAUUAAUAACGAUUUGUUGAUAGACCUAAACUACUUAGACAUGGUUUUAGCAGAAACACUCCGUAAGUAUCCGCCGACCUUUGCUUUAUUCAGAAAAGCAUCACAAACAUAUCACGUACCAAACGAUUCAUUAACUAUUGAAAAAGACCAAAAAGUAAUAAUUCCUAUUUAUUCACUGCAUUACGAUCCAAAGUAUUUUACGGAUCCUGAAGUAUUUGAUCCAGAAAGAUUUUCACCCGAAGAAAAAAGUAAACGUAUAAGUGGUACUUAUCUUCCAUUUGGCGAUGGACCUCGAAUUUGUAUAGGAAAACGUUUUGCUGAGCUCGAAAUGAAAUUGGCUUUGGUUGAGAUUUUAACUAAAUUUGAAACAGAACCAUGUGAAAGGACUGAAGUUCCUAUACGAUUUAGCAAAAAGGCUAUAAUUACAAUGCCAGAAAACGGUAUAUGGUUAACAUUUAAAAAAAUCACUAACCAAUGA